UAUUAAGAAAGAUGGUCUUCUUGUAUCUUUUCAUACUAUUGUUUUUAUGUGUCAGCGGAUUUUUGUUUGAAGGAAAACAACAGAGUCCUAUUAGUACAAUUUAUUCUCCGUUAUCUGACGAUCAUUUUGACAUGUUGUUAAAGUUACUGGUUGAGCAAAGACAGAUUCAAAAGGAACAGCACCAAAUGAUUAAACAGCUUCAGCAGGAAAUUUUCACCACGAAACUUGAAGUUACAAAAGCAAUUCACGAUUUGAAUAAAACAGCAUGCAAUGCAACAAGGUAUGACGACGUUUGGAAUUUUACGAAGUCCGUAGAAACAAAAAUCGACACACUGAAUGUGUCACAGAUUCGACAAAUCAACACCAUGGAGGAAUAUUCGAACAAAAUAAAAAUUUUGGAACAUGAAAUUGCAGCAUCUAACCAUAUGCAAAGUUCGAUAAAUCUGCAAAGUUUGUCAAAUGUUUUAAAUACGACGAAACAUCUGGAACCAUGGAUACAGGAAACGAAUUAUAAACUUGCUGCGAUUGAAAAUGAUGCAGACGCUAGAAAAAAUGAUUUCAUAGCACUGUUUAACAAAGCUGAUUUGACAGAGAACAAAAUGGAAAAUAUGUCUCAGGAUCUGGAACAGAAAUGGAACGAUUUGAAUAAUAGAGUUAAUGUCAUCGUAUAUGCGGAACCUAGACAAUAUACUCGCGGACAAGUGGUAAUUUUCAGUGAUGUUGCUAUUUCGUAUGGUUUUGGAAACUCUAAUACCUUAACGACGAGUGGUCAGUUUAUUUGUGAGAAAAGUGGGUUAUACCAACUUGCUGUUUAUAUUACAACGGAUGAUCCCAACGCCAGCCUCGAUAUAUAUAAGAACAAUAUAUUUAUGGGCGCAGCAUAUGGAUCAAUCACACAAUAUUAUCAAACUAUAAGCCUCGCUUCUAUUUUGCAGUUAAAUGUUAAUGACACUUUAAAAGUAACCUUUGGGGGAGGAUUUGUUAACGGCAAACCCAAAUUAGCAUUUUCUAUUAUACAAAUCAAGUAA